GAGUUUUCCGUUGUUUGGCUGGAGAAAUCCAUCGAAACAGUAAUGGGGCUAUACCUUCGAUUUAUUGUGUCGCAGACUGAUACCAUGAAGAAAUUAGCGUCCGACGACGAUUUCCCAGAUUACAAGACUGUAAAUGCCACCCUAGAACAGGCUGAUGAUGAUGGUCCCGAGGGUGCUGAAGCUCAGAGACAGAUUGGCCUAUGGAGAAUGCAGAUCACUAACUCGCAAGACAUCAGACCUUGCGGUUUUUGAUGAUGUAUUCGAUAAGAUCGAUACUUGUGCUGAGGAAGUAUUUAGUACAUGUAUUCACACUGACAUAGAUGAGAAGACCAAUGUGUACCUAGGCGCCUUGAAACACUACCGUCACAAGAUCACAACAAUUUUGCAAAAAAAAUGGUUGGAAGAGAGCAACGACGCCAUAGAGGCAAACGAUGUCAUGCGACGAUAUGACAAGAUAACAGCUCGUAUUGCUGUGUGGUUGUCACCUCAGGAUGAUGCAAGCAAUGCACCCAUUCCCCUGUUGUCUGCUUGGCUGCUAGAAUAUGCAUGGUCGUCUCUCAGUGUCGUGAAGGAAGGGGUGAUUGAAAUUUGCAGGUGGUUUGAGCCCCUUCUCGAGUACUACCCUGCUCUUCAUGCCAAGAGCCAUGAGAUGGACGACAAAUCAGAGGUAAUGAUCCACAAUGUCGUAAACCAUGUAGUAAGGAUCUAUGCACCAGAUGCAGAUGUACAGCUAUGUCAUUUCUUGUGGGAGCGUCGAAACAGUCAAAUACUCCACCUUCACAACGCCAUGUCGACAAUCAGCCAGAAGGAGAUCCAACAGGACCGUCCAAAAGACAUGGUGCAGGUCAAUAUUGCUUUCGACAAACUUCCAGGAGAUGAGAAGCGAGUAUUCGAACAACUUCUUUUAUCAAUGAAGAACAUUUCGAAAGGGAACUCGCGCUUUAGCCAGGGCAGGGGUACCUAUGCUAUGUGUGUCACGAAAUGGAGGUGGCGAGACAAGACACUGAAGAAUGCAAAACGUGACAUCGAACCCUUGGUCAAGGCAGUAUUGCUCGAACUACGAAAAGCAAGGGAAUACAGAACUGUGAUCUUGGCGGACUCCAUUAUCGCUGGCCUCAGAAAGCAACUUGAGCAUAUUCUCGUUCAAAUGAUGAAACCGAACUUUCACUUUCGACUUAGUGACAAAUUUGCGACGAGUACAAUGUGGCAGUGGUGGGACGACAUAGAAAUUCCCAAGGGUGUCACUCCCAUUACGUCUGCUAACAUAGAUGAAGCCUUCAAGUCGAAGCUGCAACAGAUUCAGCUAGAGCAACGGGAUCAGGAUGCGAUAAAAGAGCUUGUCACAUAUGUCAAACAUAUGGCCUGUGCCCAAGCAACAACUGAAAAGGAUAGCGCGCUGAAUUCAGAGGUCGCCAAGACGUUGAAUGCCCUUGUACAUGCUCUCAAAUCCAACAGCACUCGUCUCCAUGACUGUGACAUGGCAAUGGAUCCAGAUUUGUCUUGCGAUGUCAGGGUGGCCGUUCCAUUCAAGAUUCCCAAAACAAAGGACCAGAUUCAUGCAACCAUUCUAGAGCCCGCUUCCUCAAAACGUCACCGAUCAACCACCGUCUCUGAAUCGCCUGGCGCAAUGAAGAAAAGGGCUCGCAGCUCUCCCUUUACUAUUUCUGACUCUGAUGAGGAUCUCGUUGGUUGACUCUGAUGCCAUUCUUCAUAUGGUUUUGCUGUUUUGUCAGAGUUUCUCUGCGUGCUUUUGUAUAACUCAUCACUAAACCUUUUAAUUCAAUCAC